AUGCCUCAGGGGGACAUAAACCUGGGUUUCCUGUCGCACUCGGAACAGGAGCUGAUCCUGGAGGUGCUGAGGAGAGACGAGGAGCUGCGACUGGCCGAGGAUCAGCGCAUACGGAAGCUGAAGAGUGACCUGCUGGACAUAAAGAGGAGAGGGGCGAAGCGUGGUAGUGGGAAGUACAGCCAGCGCGUCUGCGGCCGCUGCCUUCAGCCCGUGAGCCGCCUCUCCUCCGCUCAGUGCCGCAUGUGUCACCACGACGUGUGCCGUGGCUGCCGGACCCCAGUGGACUCCAAGGACUCCUGGCUCUGCAGCGUGUGUGCCAUGGAAUCGGAGAUCAAAAAGAGAACUGGUGAUUGGUUUUAUGAUCAGAGGGUGAACCGCUUCUCUGAAUGUCCUGGACACGACCUUGUGAGAACCUCCAUGAAGAAGAAACCUGCGCCGAUAAAAAAGCGUGAAACAACAAGUGAAGUGCUUCUGAGGAGCACAGAGGGCACUCUUCAGUCGGCUCCUGUCCCUCGGCCAAGACUCAAACUGGAAGCCACUCAAUUAGAAAGUAACGCUUCAAGUGAAAAGUCUGCGUCCAUCGCUUCAAGGGAAUCGUUAAAAUCCAGAGAGGACGUGUGGCCCGCUGCCGCCCACAGUGACACGGAGUCUGUGGAGGUUGCCAGUUUGAGCAGCAGUACGAUGGCGACUGAAUCUCACCACGUCACACCGGAGCUGCCCAGGAAAGGCAAUAAAGCACCAUCCGCUUUGGAAGAAUGCAGUGUCUCCACUUUUCCGCUUCCAGUGACAAUCGAGGUCACGGAUCACGAAGCAGACAGUCCAGAGAUGCGAAACCGCUGUGUAUCUCCAGACAUGGACGUUGAUCGACUUUUCAAGAAGAGUGUGAGGCGCACGCAAAGGACCCCCGAGUUCACAUCAACACUGGACCUCCGCGAUGAGCCGGACUCUCCUCCAGCCUCACUGGUUUCCAGGAGCAAGUCUGUCCCAGGCCUGGAUGCUGCCGAAGAAGAGGAGGAAGAUGAAGAUAUCGACAGCCUGGUUAGUUUCCACAAAAGGAACAUGGCUACCAGCUCCUCCAGCCUGAACAGCUCCAAGAGCACGCUGGGCAGCCUGAUGAGCAUCUACAGCGAGGCGGGGGACUUUGACAGCGUGGAAGUGAGCGGGGACCUGGUUUUCUCUCUCAAAUACGACGAACACACCCAGAGCCUGCUCGUCUUCAUUAAAGAGUGCCGCGGCCUGGCCUACGCCGAGUCCACACGCCAGCAGUCCAGCCCCUACGUCAAAUGCUACCUGCUGCCGGAAAAGUCCCGUCAGAGCAAAAGGAAAACCAGCAUCAAGAGACACACCGUUAACCCAGUCUUCAAUGAAACAUUGAAGUAUUCGAUGAGUCGGUCUCAGCUGUGUGACCGCUCGUUGCUCAUAUCGGUGUGGCAUCACGGACGCUUUAGCCGCAACACUUUUUUGGGGGAAGUGGAGAUCGCUCUCGACUGCAGAGACUUGGACUCUCAGACAGAGGAGACAGUCGCCCUAAUGUCAAAGGCUCCGUCUUCAGUCCCACUUGUUGCGCAGGACAAAGGAGAGCUGGUCAUUUCAUUAAAGUAUGUCACUCCUAAAACACAAACGCCAGUAAAGACUAAAGGUAAAAAGGCUCUGACUGAAGAGGGGGAGUUUCAUGUUCUCAUUAAAGAGGCAAAGAAUUUAGUAGGACUUAAACUGGGAGACACCGCAGAUAGCUUUGUAAAGGGGUACUUGUUACCAACAAAAGGAAAGUCCACCAAGAGGAAAACUCCUGUUGUGAGGAAAAACCUGAACCCUCAUUUUGACCAUACGUUUGUGUACAAAGACGUGGGCUUAGAGCAGCUGAAGGAGAUGUGCCUGGAGCUGACUGUGUGGGACCGAGAGGCUGUGUCCAGCAAUGAAUUUUUGGGCGGAGUGCGCCUCAGCACUGGAAAAGGUUCUGUGAAAAUAGGAAAAAGUGACGUCGAAAUGGACUCUGUAGGUGAAGAAGUAAGUCUCUGGCUCAAGAUGAUGCAAUACCCAGACUCGUGGGCAGAGGGCACUCUUCCACUGCGCGCAACAAUGGGAAAGUCCAAGGAAAAAUGA